UAUGUGUUUUUUUUGUUCUCCUUCUGCAGAGCCAAGUCAAAAAAUGGAGGUCGCUCUCUAAGAGAAAAGCUUGAUAAGAUUGGGCUCAACCUGCCUGCAGGAAGAAGGAAGGCAGCCAAUGUCACUCUACUUACCUCACUAGUAGAAGGUGAAGCUGUUCAUUUAGCAAGAGACUUUGGUUACGUGUGUGAGACAGAGUUCCCUGCAAAGGCAAUUGCUGAAUACCUGGGCAGGCCGCAUGUGGAACGCAACGAAGUUAACUCUCGCAAGAACAUGCUCCUUGCUGCCAAGCAAAUCUGCAAGGAGUUCACAGACUUGCUUACUCAGGACCGUUCACCUCUGGGAAACUCGCGGCCGGCCCCCAUCAUGGAGCCUGGAAUCCAGGGCUGCCUGACCCACUUCAGCCUCAUCACUCAUGGCUUUGGCUCUCCAGCCAUCUGCGCCGCCAUGACCUCACUUCAGAACUACCUGAACGAGGCGCUCAAACAAGUGGACAAGAUGUACCUUACCUCUGGUAGUGACACCCAGGGGUCCUCAGACAGUGGAAGCAAAUCUACCGACAAAAUGGACAAGCACAGGAAAUGAGAACUCAAAGCAGAAUCCUUAUGAACUUGAGAACCCCUGAGUCCCUUAAUCUUACUGCCCUGUCUGCCCUUUUUGGACUUAUAAAAAUCAAUAUUGAUUGCUAAGUAUUGUCAUUUUGAGAGCUGAAUUUGUGUGUAUGUGUGCGUGUGUACUUGUUCUGUUGAAUUUAUAUCAGAUUUUUUGAGAAGUAAAUGAUUUCUCAGAACUUGUCACAGCUGGCCGCAGAGCAGUCUGUGUUGGCACAUACGGUGAACUUGUCCUAACGGGAGCCCACGUUGCGAGGACGUGAUGCACACCAUAUCGUACUAACCACUUUGCAGUUCCACACAGUUGCCAGUGUGCUGGCUACAACCAUGGGACCUGUACUCAGUUGACAAGAGGAGGAAAAGAACAAAGUGCAUACUGUUUUUCUCUCCCCAGAGGACAUCAUUUCAAGAUGAUGAAGAGUUGCUGUGGCUGUGAAUUCCUCUCAGCCCCCCUCCGCGCUCUGUCUGGAGGCAAAUCCACUGAUUUCCUGUGUCUCAAUGGACUUGCAAAGGACAACUUUUUAUAUGAGAAAGAAGGAGAAGAAAAUCCACUUCAUAUUUUUGUGCUUGAUUUGUACAACCACUUCAAAAUGGCUCCAGUGUUAUUGUGCUUUGUUCAUGAGAGAUGAUUUGAAUCUUAUGUAGGCCUGAAUGAGACAAGACAAUUUUGGGUUUGUUAUUCUGUGUGGUUCUGAAACCAGCCUCUUCAGUGUUCAUGUGGAUUACAGCAAUGCUUCUGUUGUUACUCCAUCUUUUAAACCUGGCAGCGAGAACAAGUUAUUUUUGUGUUAGGUAUUCAUCAUUCUUAGUAUUUAA